CAACUAAAUUUUAUUUUAUUUAUCGUAGCGUAGAAAAUCCUUCUUCAAAAGGUAUCUCCUCUCCUUGCCAUUGUGGAUAGAAUAGAGAGAGCGCUGCUCCAAAAAAAACUGACAACAAUGGCUUCCGUCUCCGCAUUCUCACUAUCCAGACCCACUUCUCCUGUUCGUUCCUUUUCUUAUCCGUCAUCUGCUUUUUCCCUGCUUCACUCCCAAUUCCCUUGCAUUAAAUUUCAGAGCCCAUUUUUCAAGAGUUCCGCCAUUUCUUGCAUUUCAUCCAAUAAGCAUAGUUUCUUAAGGCCCACAAAAGUAAGGGCAGUUGCGGAGGAAGAAGAAACAGCGUCUCCACCAGCCUCCGCCGUCCCCGAUCAACCUGUUUCUGUUGCGGUCUCGCCGUCUGAUGUUCUUACCAUGUUUUUUCAGGCAGAAGGGACAAUGGCCGACUCAGCUCUUCCGGCUGUUACCAAGGCUUUGGAGGAAAUUGAAGGCAUCACAGAUCUCAAAGUACAAGUACUUGAGGGUAUAGCAAGCGUGGAGUUAACAAAGCAAACAACUGUGCAAGCUACAGGGGUGGCGUCAAAUUUGGUUGAGAUAAUACAAGGGUCUGGUUUCAAGCUGCAAACUUUGAAUUUGAGCUUCCAGGAUGAAGAAGAUUUCAGCUAGACUACUCUUCAGGGAUUGUGGAGAGUUGGUGCAUUUUUCUUAUCCAAUUUUUGAGAAUCUAUGACAUGGCAGGAUGUAUCUUAUGGUCUUACCCAUCACUUGUAGUUUUUUAGGUACUUCACUGUUGAUUAUUUGUAAAAGUGUUGUAUUUUCAUGGAACCUCGUAGAGUAUCGUAACUGUACAAGCAUAAAUCAUAAUUUCAAGUCCAGCAAAUUCUCUGGAAGAUUGCAAGUAGCACAUCUGUUAAUCCCA